AGCCAACUAUUGAAGGAACGGGAUCUGGAGAGGGGAGAGGUGUCCAGGGCUGCGGCACAGGCGGACUCGCUCGAGGAGAAGCUACAGGCGCUUCAGGCCGACCACCAGCGACUGGUACAGGAGGCCGACGAGGAGAUACAGGAGCUGAAGAGGUUGAACCAGGAAUACGAGGAACAACAGCUCAAACUGAACGCACAGUUAGAGGACGAGCGCAAGAAGUUGGAGGACUUGCAGUUUAGACUGGAGGAGGAGACCAUAAUGCGGUCAGAGUUGGAGUCAACCAUCGAUAAGCUCCGGGAGGACAUGGAUGUCGUGAGGGCGCAGAUGAAGGCCGACUCAGAGCUGUUGAAAAAGUCGGACUCAGAGCAAGUGGAGGCACUGGUAGACAAACUGAAGGACUUGGAGGGCAAACGGGAGGCCGAGGUGUUUGCCCUCCAGGAGGAGGUGGUCCGCAAAGAGGAGGCUGUCUUCCAGUUGGAGGCGUCGGUCGAGAAGCGUAAUACAGAGCUCCAGAACUGCCAGAAAAGGCUACAGGAGUUGGAACUGGAGUUAGACAGCACUCGGCAGCGGACUGAUAGGCAAAUAGAAUCGAUAGACGACUUGAAUAUGAGAAUCAAAAGGGAAGAGUCAUUGAAACAGCAAUUCUGUGACCAAAACAAACAAUUGACUCAACAGUUGACGGAAUGCGAGAAACGGGUCCAGAAUUUGGAGGAUAAGCUCCGGGACAUCAGCACCGGUAAGCAAACGCUGGAGUCGGUGCUCGACAAUAAGGAGGCUAUUGAGAGGCAAUUGGAGGAAAGCCUACUCGAGACCAAACAUAAAUACGAAAAGUUUGAAGCCGAAGUACACUCACUGGAGCGGGAGUUGACACAAAUCAGGUCCGUGUGCGACGAGGAGAUCCGUCGGCGACAGGACGCUGAGGACAAGUGCGCCGUCCUAUCGUCGAUGAACCACACGCUGGACUUGAAGUGCGAGGAACUCAUGCGGACGUCCGGCGCCAACUCAGACCUACUCAUCAAAAUCAACACCGAAGUGAUGGACAAACAGAAGGAGUUCCUCCAGAAGGAGAAGCACAUGCGUCAGGAACUG